CGACUAUACGUUCUCUGCCUCAGGCCUUCCAUUCGGCCCUGCACAAGAAUCUUGCGUCAUCCGCUGUUAUAUCCAAUCCUCCCAAAAAUUCUAAAAAGUCCGUCAACAUGUGCAAGAAGGCAGCAUGCGACACAUGCAGCAAGACCACUUGGUGGGGCUGCGGCAAGCACGUCUCAGGCGUUAUGAACCAUAUUCCCGCAAACGAAUGGUGCACAUGUACGCCGCGCGUGCAAAUAGACGACAAGCCAUAUCCACCCAUGGGCACGCUCGCGGCUGCGUGACUAGACGGGGAAUGUGGUUCCCUUGGAACAUCCAGGGAGAAAUAUCUCUUUGGCAUGAUCCAGGGUCUGAACGGUGGGCCACAUCCAAAUCACCCGAGACCAAAGCCGGCAGGAAAGACAUGACAUCAGGGGAACUUGGAGGUGGUGGGAGACGGAGCGUGUCGGGAGUAUAGCGGGGCAGGGAGAAGAAGAGCAAGGAUGAGAUGCAGGCAUACCAGUAGACAGGUAUUGAGAAGGGGGCUUGGAGACGAUCUUAUGAGCACAUCAUGGCAUUUUUGCAAUAUUUGGGUAACGCAUAGCGGCGGACCUCGGUGGUUUGGGAUUUCCUUGCAUACGAAGCUUUUAGGCUUCUCGAGAUAUCGGUCACAGAUCGUGGAUGGUCUGAACAGCGAAGGCAUCGCUGCAGCAUCAACAUUUCAAUACGACAUUAUGUCUAUCC